AAUAGGCAAUGGUUGUACUUUCUUUUUGGUACAGAGAAAAUUUUCAUUUGUUUUUGGAUUUAGAAUAGAGAGAAAAAAUAGUUUUGGAUUAAAAAAAUGAUUUUUUCUUUUGGUGUUGUGUAACGUUGAAGUAAAAGUUUCGCUAAAAGAUGUUCGCCUUUAUUCGUACGAUCCUGUAUUUCCACCCACUCGACAAGCGACAGGGUCAGACAUGGGCAAACUCACACAGUGGAACGCCUACUUGCACACAUUCUCUUCCUGCAAUAUUUACGUAAAUACGCACACGUUUGGAAGUGAAUUCUCAACACAAGUAGAGAAGGGUACAUGUGCAUGUGCCUAGAGAGUAAAGAAUUGCUCGGGAGAACAACAGGGAACGCAGCCUUGCAGCCAACUUGGCUGUACAUGUAUAUACACUCUGUACUGCAAUGCCUGGCCGUAGGCUGACGGUGGAGAACUAGAAGAGAGCGAUAUAUUCAGUGCACAAGACAGCCAUAUGGGUAUAGGAUAUCAAGUAAGAGAGGUUAGGAUAGAGUUGGAUAGCAGAAGCAGGUAUGCAGCCAGGGCCAGGUCAGUCAGGCUAGGCUAGGCAACCAGGUAAUCAGCCGUGAAAGCACAAGCAGGCGCGAUUCCCAACCACGUAGCCGAGAAUCAACGAGCAAUUCCGAUGCGCUCCGAAGUCGACGGAAAUUCACGAAGUCUUGCCGAGCGAACGAAUUCAGCGAUACGGGCAAGCAGUGCGGCCGUUUCUAGUGCCGCGGUUAGGUGACUCAAGUUAUAUUCAUUUAAUGUGCGUGCUUGUUUCUAUGAAAGGAAAAAGUGCAAAAUUAUCAUCGUCAUUGGAUCAACAUUAGUUGGUGUUCAUGUAGAAAAGAAUUGUUGCGUCGUUUACGUCUAAUUGGACGACACUGUGUGUUGUCCUUGUUCUCGGAAAGAUUCGUUAUUUAGUACGGACGAAUGAUCAACGACGGGUGUGGUGAUCGUUUUGGGACAAGACCGUGUGACUCGAAGAGGUUCGUUUGCAGAAUCGGAUAAUAUGUACUGAUGAGACAGCAAAGGUAGAAAUUUUAUGGCACCGGGAGAGGGUGUUGGCCGAAUUGAAUUUUCGAAAGAAAAAGUGUAACGCACAUAUAAUCAAGGUGCCGUGGAAGUGAAGAUUAACUUUCUCAAAGCCGGUGUGGCAUCGGUUCGCCGAUCGCACCCGGGGCCUAUCCGGGCCACAAAUGCGUCGCGUGAUCACUGCAAAUCUGUUAAAUUUUUGUCUUUUUUAGACAGUGAAUUGUGAUAAAUUUUUUAAGAUAAGUAGACAAGUGUAAGAAACCUUGAUUGGACCUGAGAAAACGAAAGAAUUAUGAUUUUUACUUGGGAAUUGAAGUAACAUUAAAGUUAUCCGUCGGGUCAGUUUCGCGAGUGCAAGAUAGUAGAGAAUAGUUACUAUAUUUGUUUUUUAGAGAGACUAUUUUGAGUGCCAUUUGGGUCUUUUUUUAUUGGAUAUAAGUAGGAGACCCAAUUUCAAAUUUUUCAUUGCAAGCAAGUGCGGGUUGUGUGUUUAUUGGAUAUAUCAACAACAUCCGUCGGAAGACGACCUGUUUUUGUGUUGAAAACUGUAAAAAGGAUAUACAUAAAGAUGCAGGUGGCAACGCUCUUCAGGGAAAGCGCCAAUCUACUUGGUGCUUCGAGUUUGGAUCCCCCACAAACACACCACCAGACUCUACAACAACAACAGAUGCAACAACAAUCCGUUGACAUGCACAUGAAUCAUCACAUGCAGCACCACUAUAAAAUGUAUCCUUCGCCAGUUCACAACGGUGGACAAAACGGACCGACAAUGAACUGUGGAGGAUCACAAGAUUUGGCAUUGAACCAGUUUGACCCACUUUUUAAUUAUUUAGGUGUAUUGGUGAAACAAGAAGCUGGAGAUGAUGGUUAUGAGACGAGUCCUGAUCUUGAAAUGAGAAGUACUGGCGGUGACAGUAGCCAACAGUAUCAUACACCUCUAACACCACAUACACCACACACACCACACACACCUCAUACACCACUUACACCUAUAUCAGCAACACCGCACCAACCCCAGCAACCUGGUUCGACCGCCGCUCUUGGUCAGGUGGGAAUAAAAUGUGAGACGCCAGUGGAUCCUUAUUCGUUUGUUGAUGAGGAAAUGUCAAUGGGUGGCAUUAGGACGGCGAGUAGUCCAGGAAUAAAUCCCGAUCCAAUGGCGUGUCCUGGAGGUACGCCGCCAGGUUUGGGAACUCGAACUGCCACGCCGCCAUGUUCCUUAUCGAAUCAACAUCAAAUGAAUUUAUUAAUGAACGGUGCUGUGAAUUCGCAAUUAGUGCAUCAACCGAAAAAGCGCGGUCGAAAGAAAAAAUCUGAAAUGAUUUUAACGCCGGAAGAAGCGGAACUAGCAGAAGCUAAAAAGAAAGCCAAGACGUAUAAGGAGAGGAAGAAGCACGAUAGAUUCGAUGGAAUGCCGGAAGAGGAAGUGAGCAAACGUGUGUUACCGGAUCACCUUACCAAUAAUCUCGACAUCAUCAUAAUUGGAAUCAAUCCUGGACUCUUCGCCGCCUACAAAGGACAUCAUUACGCUGGACCAGGAAAUCAUUUCUGGAAAUGUCUACAUUUAAGUGGUUUAACUCCUGAACCUCUAACGGCGGACGAUGAUUACAAACUUCUACGUCUUGGCAUUGGCUUCACAAAUAUGGUAGCACGUGCUACAAAAGGCAGUGCAGACCUCACGAGAAAAGAAAUAAAAGAAGGAAGUCACAUUUUACUAGAAAAGUUACGAAAGUACAAGCCUAAGAUUGCCGUGUUUAAUGGCAAACUUAUUUACGAAGUCUUCUCCGGCAAAAAGGAAUUUGGAUUUGGAAGACAACCUAGUCUCGUGGAUGGAACAAACACCUACAUGUGGGUCAUGCCCUCAAGCAGCGCAAGAUGUGCCCAAUUACCAAGGGCCGCCGAUAAAGUUCCAUAUUACGCUGCUCUGAAGAAGUUUCGCGACUACUUGAAUGGAGCGAUUACACACCUCGAUGAGUCAGACAUUGUAUUCGCCGAUUCGAAACUAAAGAAAAAGGAUGUCGAAGGAGUGGACGAAAAGAAAGCAAUGUUCACCGAUGAUUUAGCAGCUGAUGGUGAAAAUAGAAUCACAGACUUGAAUAGUUCAAUGAUGAAACACGACUCUGGAUUGAUUCCAGGCAAAAAGAAGCGCGGUAGACCAAAGAAGAUAAAAAAUCCCGAGGAACAACCACAACCCGAUUGUGAAAAAAACGAUCCCAAUGGUGAAGUGAUAAAAAAGCGACGCGGUCGACCGAAGAAGAUACACCAGCAGCAAAAACAACAGGAAUUAGAAGCCAAAGAGAGAGAGCACCACCAUCACCAUCAUCACCAACAGCACCAGGUGAUGUCACACCUAAACGAUGGUUACGGAAACGCGAUAUCAAACUGUUUCUCGCCGCCUCUCAUGUCACCGCCGAAGCCAUUUGCUCACAUGGCGCCAUACUCUCAAAGUAUGAACGAACCCAGCUACUUCGGUCAGGGAAUGAACGACAGUCCCUACGGCAUGAAUUCAAAGCACAGUCCCGUCCAUUUACAACACUACAGCCAAAGUCCAAAAUCAAUGUCCCUCUCAUUCACCCAUUCGGAUCUAUCGUCGGAAAUAAAUACAGCCAUAUCAUCCGAAAACAAUCUCGAGCCAUCGCCACUGACAUCGCCAAGUGUCGAGCACCCGGACUUCGAACCACCGAGCAGUAUUUCCCAGCAGAAUAUGAGCAAUGGACCAGGCUCCUACAAUCCAGCGGUGAACGGCGACAGUGGUCAUCACAGCAGUCCCGGAACCCCGUCGCACUCAAGCUACACGAGUUACAUGAGCUAUCACGACCAAACGCCAGACUCACACAAUCCACAUCCCCACCAAACAACCCCAACGCCUUUGAGUCAAACCGGAGACGAGCACUCCCAUCACUCCCAUCCAACGCCACCGCACAAUCACCCCCACACACCGACUCACUCUUCCAUGUCGCCACACCAUCCCCACGAGCAAUACACCAUGAAGAGGAACGGCAAUCAGGACGUCGCCUCAAAGAGUCUCAGCGAUCUCGAAUCUCUCGUUGAUCAAAUUCCCAGCAUAACCGACGGUGGCGGUGGUCAGCGACUCCAGCACGGCCACCCAGGCAUGCCCGACGAAUCGCUCGCCGACAAAAUGGACCCCCAACAUCAAUCCUAUCUCUCAAAUUACGUCAAUGGCAACAUGUCGAAUUACAGUCCACCUCUACAACCAUCUGGUAACGUAUAUCCUAGUCCUCUCCACCACUCUCCAGAGAACUACGGUUCUCUCUACGGAAUGAACGGGCGCGAUCCCCAACAACAACAGCAGCAGCAUCAACAACAACAGCACAGCAAAUCAUACACUGUGGAAAAUCUCGCAUCGAGUAAUUACACACCAAGUGCGAAUCAUCCGGGCAAUUCGUAUCCCAACAUCAUACCAAGCCCUCAUUACCCAGUACCAAUGGGCUCGCCCAAUAGCUAUCUUUUCAGUGGAUUGGAAUCUAGUCUCAUGCAACGUACUUACGGGAUGGGUGGAAUGAGUGGAAUGAGCGGAAUGGGUGGUAUGCAUCCCUCCCUCGGACACAUGUCAAAUCCUUAUUCGUACAAUGGUUCGUACUCAAGUUCAUUUGAUGCUUAUCCAACUCCUCCAGCGGGAAUUCAUGCACCAAGCGCAAAUUAUGCAAGUUACGCGGCUCCCGGUACACCCGGUCCUGGAAGUUCAACGCCACCUUCUUACCUUCCAUCACAUCAUAGACCACCUGUUGACCUUAGUUAUGACGGUGUAUGAUAAUCAGUUUAAAGAAAAAAAAUAACAAAACAAAAACCAAAAUUUCUAUUCCAUGGAAGUAAUCUUUUUCUACGUAUUUUUACACGUUGAACUAUUAAAACUGCGUCUUUCGCUCUGGACGUGGUAGAAAUAAACAAAAAAAAAUGGUGGUGCGCAUAACUUGUGAAUAGAAAAA